AUGCCCACAAGAGUACUCGACCUUGGUCAUCCUGAUGACAGGACCACAGUGAGACUCGUCGAAACUGAAGCAAAUUCGCACAAUGGCCGGUAUGUGUGUUUGAGUCAUUGCUGGGGCAAAGCUAAAGUCGAAUGUCUCACGACGCAAGCUACACUUGAGCGAAACAAGCAAUAUAUUCCUUGGGAUGUGUUGCCGAAGACAUUCCAAGACUCCAUUCUCUUCACACGCCGCCUGGACGUUCGGUAUCUCUGGAUCGACAGCAUCUGCAUUAUCCAAGACUCUGAAGAUGAUUGGCAGCGUGAAGCUUCGCUUAUGUGCCAAGUUUACCAAGGUGCUUACCUCACGCUUGCCGCCGGAUGGGCGAGAGAUGAUACCGAUGGGUUGUUUAAAGAAGCUCCAAAGGAAUACCGAUCAAUUCAGAUAUUGAGCCCUCCAAAAGCUCACUUGGAAUUACAUCCACUUACAUCUCGGGCGUGGUGUUUCCAGGAACGGCUCUUGUCCCCACGGGUACUAUACUUUAAUGCACAUGAGCUCGUUUGGGAGUGUAUGACGAAUUCACGCUGUCAGUGCACGGUGUCCGGGCCUAUCGCCGCGGAGGAUCCACUGCCUAAAAUCGAGUAUGCUCAUUCUGAAACUGUGCCCUCUCAAGAUCUUGUCGAAAGCUGGCACAAGCUAGUCCGCAGUUAUUCUUUCUUGGACCUUACUUUCGAAAGCGACAUCUUUCCUGCCCUUUCUGGGGUGGCCAAAGAGAUGCAACAGCGUCGAAAUGGGCCAUUAUAUUAUGCAGGACUGUGGGGUGACAGCCUUGAAAAGGACUUAUUCUGGUAUGUCACCUCCAGUCCAGUUCGAGCACCCGCAGUUUGGAGAGCGCCAUCGUGGUCGUGGGCCUCUACGAAAAGCUACGUCGAUUUUCGACAAGUGGAUGUGGUGUGCUUCCAAAUUGUAGCCACUGAGGUCCAUUGUGCCGGCAUCGAUCCCACGGGAGCGUUGCGUGCCGCGUCUAUAACUCUCAGUGGUCCCAUGGUGCCAGCUGUUUUCGUAGCACGAGGCUUCGGGGGCGUUGCGCUACCAAGCGUCAGAGAGUUAGAAAUUGGUUUCAUUCAAGACCAUGAUUUCUACUAUGAUCCCACCUGUAAUGAGGAGUCAUAUCGAAAUGGAGAAUUGCCCGUGUAUCUUCUUUACAUGGGUUACAGAACAAUGAUGGUUUUAAGAAAACCUGAUAUUACAUCAUACUAUAUGGUACUUCAGGAAGUACCAGAGAAGAUGAGUACAUUUAGGAGGCUCGGAUUCGGAACUUUUAGGGACAGUUCAGUGACAGCAGUUGUGCCGUUCGAGUACCAAACAUUUACUAUUAUUUAAUGAUAACGUUCCCUACCAUACAAAUAGCUAAGAUAUUUUAACUGACUCCUCCCUGACCACUAAUACCUAAAGCGACCGUAUUCCCCCAAUUUCGACACGGUCUCAACAUCCAGCUUGAACACGAUAAUUCUAAGGACGUUACCGUCUUAAGGGCUUGUCUAGCAUGACAAUAUAACUCUUUUAAGAUGGGUCUAUCCUUAGGGCGUGACUAUCUAAGAAACGCCUUUAUCGUAAGAUGCCACCGUCGUAAGAACAUAGCCGUCAGCCUGUCUCAAGACCAUGGCUUAUCCAAGGCCGUAGCUGUCUUACGAGCAUGGCUAUUUAUAUAGAACAGAUUUUCUUAACUAAUAAAUGCUGGAUUGCUGAAAGCUCUCUGAAGGUGGUGGAGUUAAGAGAAGGUAAUCGAAGAUGCUCCCACUAUGAGUCAGCUUCUUUCAUCCUAC